AUGGAGAAACGCAACCUCACAGUGUUGACUGAAUUCAUCCUGAUGGGCAUCACUAACCGGCCUGAGCUUCAGGCUCCAUUGUUCGGAUUGUUUCUCAUCAUCUAUCUGAUUUCACUGAUGGGCAACAUGGGCAUGAUCAUCCUUACCAUGGUGGACUCACGACUGCAAACACCCAUGUACUUCUUUCUCAGACAUCUGGCUAUCACUGAUCUUGGUUAUUCUACAGCUGUGGGACCCAAAAUGCUGGUAAAUUUUGUUGUCAGUCAAAAUACAAUCAGUAAUCACCUUUGUGCAAUUCAGCUAACUUUCUUUCUUGUGUUCAUCAUUUGUGAACUUUUUAUUCUGUCUGCAAUGUCUUAUGACCGUUAUGUGGCCAUCUGUAAGCCUCUACUCUAUACUGUCAUCAUGUCCCAUAGGGUAUGCUGGGUCCUAGUGGCAGUUCCUUAUUUUUAUAGUGUCAUUAUUUCUCUUCUAAUAACUAUAAAAAUUUUUGCUUUACCUUUUUGUGGUUACAAGGUCAUUAGUCAUUUCUGUGACAGUCUCCCUUUAAUAGCGCUGCUCUGUUCUAAUACACAUGAUAUCGAAAUAAUAAUAUUGAUUUCAGCGGGGUUUAAUUUGGUUUCAUCUCUAGUGAUACUCCUGUUUUCUUAUCUACUCAUUCUUGUAGCCAUUUUUAGGAUGAAUUCAGCUGAAGGCAGGCAGAAAGCUUUGUCUACUUGUGGCUCCCACCUGACAGUGGUCAUUGUCUUCUAUGGGACUUUGAUAUUUAUGUAUGUGCAGCCCAAAUCAAGUCACUCCUUUGACACUGAUAAGGUGGCUUCCAUCUUUUAUACUCUGAUUAUCCCCAUGUUGAAUCCCUUGAUCUAUAGUCUAAGGAACAAAGAUGUAAAAUAUGCCCUAGAAAGGUUGUGGAAAGUAUUAGGCAAUAUUUUUUCUUAA